UGUGCGCAGGGGCGGGGCAGGCGCUCGCGGGCUGCCGGCUGCUGCAGUGCUGAUCCGGCACGACCCGGCCCUGUAUCGUGGGCGCCGCCGCCGCCGCCCGGAGGGAAGGGCGAGAACGCGUCAAAAAUGUCAUCUCAGGAUCCUGACAAGCCAUGUACAGGUGAAGGAAAAUCGAACGAUUCAGCAGGUACACGAGAGGACAGUUUGGACAACCCAGAUCAGUCCAUUAGAAAAAGGAUACGACAAAGUACCUCAAGUCCAAACAGAGACAACACGUCACAAUCUAGUCCCCCUCGUUUUGUAUCAGCGGAGGAACUGAUGGAAACAGCAAAAGGAGUUACCAACAUGGCAUUAGCACAUGAAAUUGUAGUUAAUGGAGACUUCCGCAUUAAACCAACUGAAUUACCGGAAGGCAGCUUGGAGAAAAAAGUGAGAGAGAUUGUACACAAAGCCUUUUGGGAUUGUCUGGAAGCCCAGUUAAAUGAAGAUCCACCGACAUAUGAUCAUUCAAUUAAACUUCUGGGGGAGGUAAAAGAGACUCUUCUCUCUUUCUUACUGCCUGGUCAUUCUAGAUUAAGAAAUCAGAUUACUGAAGUUCUUGAUUUGGACCUGAUAAAGCAAGAAGCAGAAAAUGGAGCCCUAGACAUUUCUAAACUGGCAUCAUUCAUCAUUCGAAUGAUGGGGACCCUCUGUGCUCCAGCUAGAGAUGAGGAAAUUAAGAAACUAAAAGACAUUCAUGAAAUUGUUCCAUUGUUCAGAGCAAUUUUCUCUGUCUUAGACUUAAUGAAAAUGGACAUGGCCAACUUUGCUGUCAGUAGUAUUAGGCCACAUCUAAUGCAGCAGUCUGUUGAAUACGAAAGAAAGAAAUUUCAGGAGCUUCUUGAGAAACAGCCAAACUCUCUAGACUUUGUCACAGACUGGCUUCAGGAGGCAUCAGAUGAUCUUACUAAGCUAAGGCGCAUAAAUUUAUCUUCACCCUUUGGUGGUGGCCCUGCAGCUAGUGGAAUUCCUGUGCUGUGUCCUGUCUCUGUUCAGAAUCAGGCAUACCUGAAGCUGCUAAAGUGGGAUCAUGUACACCGGCCUUUUCCAGAAACGAUGUUAAUGGACCAAUCCCGUUUUCAGGAAAUGCAGUUGGAGCUGGAACAGCUCAUCUUGAUUGGAGCUGUCCUCCUGGUCACAUUCAGUACAGCAGGCACAGCACUCUCUGGUCUGCCAGGAUUUGCUGACAAAAUUAAAGCUAUUAUAAAGGUGCUGCUGGCAGGCAUGCACGUUCCCUCCUUUAACUUGGGUGAUGCUUUGGCUAUCAUUGGUGAGAAGGUGUGUGCUGAAGUCAAUAGCUGUCUUUCCCAGCAUGGGUUUACACCAUUCACAACUGAGAAAGAGACUGUACUUAAAGGACAGAUCCAGGCAGUGGCAAAUCCUGACAACACCAUAUGCAAGCUGAUAGAUUCUCGAAUCCAAACAUUCCUGGAGAGUUAUCUUGCUUCGAGUCCUCAGAAGUUUUUACCUGCCAUUCCAGGUGGACUAGGCCCUAUUCAAAAGGAGCUGGAAGAAAUUGCUGUCAAAUACGUUCGUCUUGUCAAUUAUAACAAGAUGGUCUUCAGCCCUUACUAUGACGCUGUUCUCAGCAAAAUAUUGGAUAAAGAAGAAUCUCAACUAGUAGGGAAGUCAGAAAAGUUAUAAUACCCAUUCAUAUGCUUCUUAGACAGUGUUAGUUUUGUCUUCUAUUAAAAUGUUGCACCUAACUUUGCUCUGGAAAACAGCUUUCCAUUUAAACUUUUUUUUUCUUUAAGUAACACUGGCUUAUUCUGAAGGAGAAAGGUGCUCUGAAGUAAAAACAGUUGAAUCUUUAGGUAUGCCAGACUAAUGAUCUGUAUUUUUUUUGCAGUUUUCAGAAACUGAGCAGCUGUUAGAUAAAGUGAUAAUUUUGCAAUCAAAUGGCAUCUUAAAUGGCUGAUUUUAGGUGUCCAAACUCUCUAGUUUAUCACAAAGGUAGUAUGUGCUUUGAUGUAAAGCAGAUUAGCAAAGGUCUCUUCCAAGUUUGAGUGAUUUGGCCUCGAGAAACCUUAUACUAACAACUGACAAACGUAACAGUUUAACUAACAUAAAAUUCCAGAUGUGAGAAACUUGGCUAACAGUAAUCAAGAGUGAGGCCAAAUGCAGCACUUUACUGUAAUAUUAUAUUUUGUAUUUGAAAGCUGCUAGUCUUUCUGCUAAUCACAUUUUUUCUAUUGCAUGUUUUCCUCUCUACCUGCAAAUGCGUUACCAAAAACAUUAUAUAAUUAUAUUUUUGUAGUGAAUUUUCUGGAUAUUGGGUAACUGUCCUCUUUGUACAGUAUUUACAAAGGUGGCAAUCUGUAAGAUUGCAACUGUAUUUAUUUAUUUAUUGUAAAGAUUUCAGAAGGGCAGAGAGAAAACUGUUUUGAUAAGACUGGCACUUCUUGCCUUUCUGUUGCUGAUAGUUUAUUCCUUUUUAUGUAAAUUACUUAUUUUAAAAAGUCAAAUUUAAUGUUUUUAGAAGAUGGAUAAAGGCUUCACCAUUGAAUUUUAGGCUGAAGGAAACUACUUGUUUUUUAAAUUGUGAUGUAAGUGAAGACUUAUGCUCAUAGCUUCAGAAAUACCAAUGAAAUUCAGAACAAAUCAGUAACAUUUUGGUAAUAGUAAUUUUUAUGUGUAUAGAAGGAAAUGAGCUAUUUUAAGUUAAUUGGAAUUAAUGUGAAAAUAUUUGGUGGUAUUUUGUUUUCCAGUUUUAUAGAGAAGUUCUUGAACUCAAAAACAUUUGUAGAUCCUUGAGAAAUUAUCUACUUAAUCUCUCAAAUGAGUGUCCUCUGAAGGUGUUCUGAUCUCAGUGGUUCAACAGCAUGAAAAGUAAUAUUUUUUUCUUUGAGAAUUAAGUAAAUCUUAGAUUUAAGGCUGUGGCUGCAUCCACACGAGAUGCUGACUGUGUAGUCAUUACUGCAGUCAUUUAUUUAGUACUUGUAUAAACAACUAAAUGACUGCAUAGUACCAGAGUACUGUGCACUAGCGAUGCCAAAUGGCUUUUUCAUGACACUGACUGCACAGUAGCUUGCUGCUACUGCACAGUAGCGUCACAUCACGCUUCCUGGCACACGGCACUGCUGCACAGUAGUAAUGAGUUAAAAGGAAAACUGAAGUGGUCUUCAGCUGUUACUGCCCAGGAGGCUUUGGGUAAGAAGUGGUUUCAGAAGUGAUUAUCAUCUUGGUUACCAUAAGGUGAUGUACCCAUGGGUACAAGUGAUAGCCCAGUGCCUACUCCUAAACUGGGGGCCUCAAUAAAAUAGACUAUAUUCCAGGGGUAGGCAACUCCCAGCACAGGUGCCAGAGCAUGGCACGCAAAGACAUUUUGCUUGGCACAUGCACCUUGGGAUGGACGGUGGGGAAAGGGCCAGGACUGUGCUGCCACAAGGAUUGGGCCUUUCGGCUUCCCUGCCCUUCACCCCUGGUAUGCCAACGUCUUACGAGUUGAGGUUGCAGGUGUUUUGGGGACUCUGCCCAAAACAUUGACAAGUCCUGGUGUAUUCUAAAACAAAGGAAUUAAAAUGAGGCCUGUUUUUUAAGUGCUAAUUAUGCUGUCAAUUCUAUUCUUUCUUUAGUCAAUCACUGUAGUUUGAAUGGGAUGUACGUACAUCAUGUAUACCAGUGCUUCUGUUUCUUUUGACACUUUGAAGUAGCAGUAGUUCCUACAGUUUGAACAGGGGGAGAAGGUUGCAGGAGCUUUCAGCUCUGAGGAUGAGGACAUAGGACUACAUUGUUUGAUUUCUUCGUAUGCCAGUGUGAAACACAGAUUUCUUCAUUUUAUGAUUUAAAAAAUAAUUACAUCAAUAACAAACUGUUUUUCUGUCAGAGCUUUCUUGGCCACAUUUUUUCUAUUCUUAUAGUUGAAGGUUGUUUGAGCUUGUGGUUAGGGAGAAAAGGUGAAAACUGUAAUUUUAUUUGUCUAGUAAUUUUUUGUAUUGUCUGUUUACAAAUUCUGCAUAAGGAAAGUAUAAAGUAUUCCAGAGAAGCGAAUUCCUUACUGUCUUCCUUAAGUGUUUGAUACUAUUGUUCUCCAUACCUUUGCAUAUCAGGCUGUAAUCUUAAGUCUUGUCUUUUCAUAGUGGAUGCUUCCAACCUUUUACAAUAUAAAUGCUGCUCUGGAAGUGCAGUAGUCCAUAAUGCUGUUGUAGCUCUGUGUGAUUUUUAUUUUUUUAAUAACUCGUCUAUGUAACAACACCUCAUCAGUUUGUUAAAAAAGAGUGAAGGUUAGAAAACAAACUGCUUGACUUUUACUAUUCUAUUUAAUGUGAUUUUAAAUGUGUACAUUUUUUAAAUUGUUUUUUUAUCAGUAUUACCUAAAGUUUUCAUUUAUUCUUGAAGUCACUUGAGCUGUGUGCUAUACAAAAGCAGAUGUGGGGGUUACAAUUGUUUAAAAAGGAUACACGAGUAAGAUUAUCAGGGCUAUGGGUACACCUCUCUAGUGCUGCUACAUUCAUUUUUGUAUUCUUUGGGGGGCAGAAGUGUGGGGUUAGUGUGAGGUAAGGAAGAAAUUGAAUGGUGUGGGUAAAAGGAAGGAGAGGGAUGGAAGAUGGUCGUAUAGGGAGAGGAAUCUGAAGGGCCAGGCCAAGAGGAGACUGUGAGGAGAUUUUGAAGCAGAUAACAAUUGAUGUCCAGAGUUGUAAUCAGCAUAACACUUGGACUGUCAAUAUGUGUCGUCAUCUCCCCACAGCCAGUUCUAGAUUUGAACCCUCCAGCGUAUUCAUAUGAUUCGUCAAUCUGGUUGUGAAUUCCUUUAACGUAUAAGCCCUCCUACUUUUUUACAAGAUUUUCUUCAAUUAGUUUUGUCCCACUGUUUCGGAUAUGCCAAGGGUGCCCAGCUAGAAACAAUCAACUAUAUUUCUUCUUAGUGUUUCAAGGCACUUUUUCUUCUGGUUAUAUGUUUAGGAAGGAAUCUAAUACAGUGUAACUGCUAAGUUGAUAUCUUCUUAAAUCCAGAAUGGAGAUAAUUUUAAUGACUGAGAAAUAGGGGUAUGACAAAUGUUACAAUGGCAAAAACAGCAAAGAGCUUGAAGGACACUUGCAGCAAACAAAACCAUGGCUUCAUAAUGAUGAGGAAGACUUAAUAAAAUAGUGGAAGUGAAGAAUAUCUGUGCUUGAGCACCUCCUAUAAUUCACAUUUCAAAUUCAUACUUAUCUGCAGUUUUUAUGCCCAUGCAUAAGAACUCAUUAACGCUAAUGAAGAAAACACAUUUGUUAGUUUUUGUGAAGGCCAUAGUGGGUACAAUAGUAGCUCCUUUAACUUGUUUUUUAAGAUUAAUGCAGUUUGGUUGGGUUUUUUUAAGAACAUUUGCAGAAACAUGGAUUGGUGUUUGAGUUUAAGCAAGUUUAUGUUAGCUAACUGAGACAGACAUGCUUGGUGGUAACUGACUAUUUGCAUCACUGCCUUCUGGAAAGGCAUCUUAUAAUGCUGCUUUACAGUAAAUGGGCUGUAAAUGGCAGGCCAAAAGCACUGUAAAUGGGCAGGCCAAAUACUGGACAAACCUGACUGAUGCCAAAAGAUGAUGUGAAUCUGACUCAGAAUUAUUUUUAUGUGGAAUUGAAUUAAGGUUCUUUUUUCACAUUAACUUGUACUUUUAUGAGGCCUUAAGAAACCAACUAGGCCUCUCUUGAGCUUGUUCCCAGGCUGUUGCUAGCCUGGUUUUAGAAGUGCUAAACUGUGUUAGUUUCCAAACCAUGGGCUAUUUUACCCUUUUGAGUGGUGACUGAAGGGAAGAAAUAAACUAGAGGUUAAUCGGUUCUAAAUUCUACGCUUUGGAGCUGCUCCAUGCUCAGCACUUGUGCAAAUGAAGUCACUUCUUCAGAGAUCUAAAUAUGCAUGUAAAAAAUCUAAAACUUAAGCAUCAAGUUUUGAAAUCCUGACCCAAGAGUCCAGGUGAAGAAGAAACAGGUUUGAGUAACCGUUGACUUUGCAGUUGUUCAAAGAUGUUAAAUAACAGACAGGACCUAUCCCAUCUUGCUUGAUGCAAGUAAAAACUGGCAUUUCUGCUUUGUAGUUGGGCAUUAUUUUUGUUCUGUAUACUGGUAUGAAAUCCCUGUGUAGCAUUCCAAGCUUAUGUUUUACCUCCAGAAAAAUACAUUGGAAGAAAUAGUUGCUUACCCUAAUAUGCAAGCUCCGUUCUGUUUCAAUUCCCAUUCUCUAUGUGUCACAGUGAGGUAUCUGAGCACCUAUUCUACAGACCCAUGGUAAUGCAAAGAAUAGCAAAUGGUCUUGCUUAUAAGAAAAGGUGGUAGUAAUGGGUAGGUAUGAAUAAAUGCAGUUAUGAAAAGAAAUUUAAGUACAGAUCCUGGAUGACUGGUGUGCCAGUGGAUAAAAAUACACUUCCUUUAUCUAGGAGGCUGCUUCCUCCUCCCCUGCAAAGCCACAAAAAUGCAGAUAUACAUGAGUACCAGCUUCUGCUUAUUGUGACACCGAGCUUUGCUUCUGCAUGUUGUUCACAUGUUCAGUACAGUACAUUGUAUUUUGUUCCCAUUCUGAAGACUUAGUUAUGAAGUUUGACUCUUCAUAAACUGUCAGGAAUAUGAAAUGUAGCCUUAGUCAGCAAGAUGGCUUGUUCAAUAGAGGAUUUUGUACCAAAAACUACUGACUGUUUUGGGUUUUGUAGGCCAAGCAAAUCCUACAGUGAUUACAGUAACCUUUUCAUGUGUUUAUAUUUAGUAGUAGCUAGUACAUUCCAUAAUGCAUCUCAAAUUAUCACUCCAUGUUCUCUUCCUCAAGUGCUAGCAGCUGGCAAGCUAAAUUGAAAAACACACAGCAAAUCAACUUUCUAAUAAUUUUGCUGACUGUUGAUGGCAAUGCUACACUCAGCUGACCACAAGAGGCCAGAAUUUAGCUUAUCUAUCUGUGCUUUUUCAUACAGUUACCUUAGUUCCUACCCUUGCUCUGCUGAACUUGAGGAUCAGGAUCACAUGUAUGUAAAUAUCUGUACAAUUUCCUUUGUGUUAAUGAUACUAUCACACUGUUUUUGAAGGGUACUGGACAGUUAAACUCCUGAGAUAUGUAUGAUAUGAUUGGUUUCCCUGAAAGGCUUAUUGCUAACAUCCUUUUUGAAGUGGCUUUGGCUGAGCAAUGUUAAACAAAAAAACCCCACGUGUAUGAAAUAAAACCUGAAUGAGGCAUGAA